AUGUCCCAUUCUAUCGGGGGGAAAACAGCCAUUGUUACUGGUGCUGGCAGUGGCAUCAACCUCGCAUUUGCUGAACAGCUUUUGAAUGGCGGAUGCAAUGUCCUUUUUGCCGACCUCGCUCUGCGACCUGAAGCUCAGAAGCUGGUGGGCGCUUAUCCUGGCGGAGUCCAAAGCAAGAGCCGAGCUGUUUUCCAGCAGACUGAUGUGACUAACUGGACUCAUCUCGAGCGAAUUUUCGAAAGGGCAGAAGAGGAGUUCGGCGAGAUUGACAUCGUCUGCCCCGGCGCUGGAGUCUACGAACCGAGCUUUAGCAGCUUCUGGUAUCCUCCUGGAACCCCACAAACCAAGGAUGCCCUCCAUGGCGGUCGCUAUGCCAGUAUCGACAUCAACUUGGUUCAUCCUAUCAGGACCACUCAAUUGGCGCUGUCUCGUUUCUUGAGAUACGAAAAGAAACCUCGCACGAUUGUUAUUAUCUCGAGCACCAACGCCCAAGACACCUGUCUAUCUACAGCUAUUUAUGAUGCGACAAAACAUGCGAUUAGUGGAUUCGUGCGCGCGAUGGCCAAGAUCGACCAAGUCGGCGUCCGUAUCGCUGCAGUCGCACCAGGCAUCAUCAAGACGCCUCUCUUCAUGGAGAACCCAGAAAAGCUUGCCAUGAUUGAUACCAGCAAGGAUGUUCUAGUAGAGCCGUCCGAGGUCGCUAGCGUCAUGGUCGCUUUGGUUGAGAGAGACAGCAUCUGCUCGACCAUUGACCAAGCAAGUACAGGACCGCAGGACAUCGAGAUCAAGAGCGGGUCGAUUAUUGAAGUGACCAAGAACCGAGCUCGUGUUGUCAAUGCAUACCACGAUCCGGGUCCUUCAGGUGCUGGGGCCAUUGGGUCCAACUUUGCCACUUCAGAGUACACUACGUUGGCUUUACUGUUGACUCCGGGAUGGGGAGAACCUAGUGUAAAGGCGAGCAAUAUCUCGAUAUCCUAUCUAAUUGACGUCCGUCUCCAUGCGGCGAACGCAGAUAAGUGGCCAAACCGUAAAGGGGUUCGCGAUGCCGCUACUCCCAGCAAAAUCAAGACUCGGCAGUUUUCGCCAGCUAUUUUCGCCAUGGCCGAUUCGAUUCCUCACCAGGUCACCGAAGGUCACUUGCGGCCGCGUCUCAGCAAGUUGACCAUGGUCGCGAUGACAUUUGCCAUUCUCAACACUUGGAUCGCGUUAGGUGGCACAAUUGGCAUCGUCAUGCCGUCUGGAGGCCCAGUCGCGCUCCUGUACGGCUUCAUCUUCUGUGUUGCUUGCAAUUUCGCUCUAGCCUUCAGUCUUGGUGAGCUUGCAGCUAUCUGGCCAACAGCAGGCGGGCAGUAUCAUUUUGUGUACGCUCUCAGUAGUGACAGAUGGAAGAGGUUCUUGAGUCUUUGUGCUGGCUGGAUUAAUAUUGCUGGCUGGCUCACCCUUGUAACAACUGAAGCGAUCUUCUCCGCCAUGUUUAUUGCUGCCGCUAUUGUCGUCGCGUCGGGGAGAUCAACACCAGUCGACUCUUGGACAACAUACCUUGUCUUCCUUGCCAUUAUCACGUUUUCGACCAUCGUGAACAUCUGGGGCAAUUCCAUCCUUGGACCUUGGAGCAACUUCGCUCUCUACUGGUCAAUUCUAAGCGUUGUCAUCAUCAGCAUUAUUCUGUUAUCCAUGUCAGAAAAGACCAGCGCCGAGUUCGUUUUCACAACGUUCAAUAACGAGACGGGAUGGUCAGAUGGGAUGGCAUGGCUUCUGGGUCUACUUCAAUCCGCUUUAUCAUUGAUUGGAUUUGACGCGGUUUUGCACAUGACUGAAGAAAUGCCUAAUCCCCAUCUGGAUGCCCCCCUUGCAAUCGUCUAUGCUAUUGGUGUUGGUGGUUCUACUGGCUUGAUCUUCAUCCUAGUCAUCCUCUUCUGUCUGACUGAUGUUGACAAAGUAGUCAGCUCGCCUACCGGUCAGCCCCUGAUCGCUCUUUUCGAUCAAGCCACGAACAGUCGAGCAGCAUCUACCAUCAUCAGCUGCAUGCUAGGGCUGUGUUUCAUACACGGCACAAAUGGAUCUAUCACCACCACAAGUCGAUUGAUAUACUCCAUGGCUCGAGAUAAUGGCUUCUUUUUCUCUCGAUAUUUCAACCACAUCAACCCGAAGUUGGAGGUUCCAGUUCGCACGAUCAUCUUCACCUAUAUAUUCAACGUGCUAUUUGGUGCCCUUUAUCUAGGACCUACAGUGGCUUUCAACGCCUUCAUCGCGUCUUGCACGAUUCUUCUGAACAUAUCAUACGCUUUCCCAAUUUUCGUUUUGGUCAUUCGAGGUAGAGACAUCCUCGCUCCGCAUCAGCACCCUCAUACGCCGUGGAAGCUUGGAAACUUCUGGGGGUAUCUGGUCAACUGGACAGCUUGUCUGUACGUUUCGGUAACUUCAGUGCUUUUCUGCUUCCCUCCAUCGUUACAUGUCACUGGAAACACAAUGAAUUAUGUUUCUGUCGUCAUAGCAAUCUGCUGUCUCGCAAUUGCUAUUUAUUGGAUUGCUCGCGGGAAGACCUUUGAGGGGCCUAACCUCGAAACCAUUAUGGCGCAAAGAGAAGAGGUGGCUCAUGCGCCUGGCCAUGGCAGACGUGGCGAGAAGGAAGAUAUUCAUGAUCAUUCUGUAUCUGCCUAGAUUAUAUAAUGGGUUUCCCCUGAUCGGCGAUCCAAUACUAGUCCAUCUUGAAUCAGCAGUCAACCAUCAUGUCUAAAUUUUUAAAGCUGC